CUCCAAUGCGAUCUUCAAGCGACUCGAUGGAAAGUCCGCGCCGCCGCGGCUUUGACGACAAGUACGAGCUCCUGGAACGACUAGGCCACGGAAACUUUGGUGAAGUGUAUCGAAUCCGUGAGAUUGCCACUGGGCAGGUGCUCGCUCUGAAGCGCAUCCGCACGGGAACAGACGCGUCCAAGAUGGACACGAUUCCCGCGGCGGCCUUCAAUGAAAUCCAAGCCAUGUAUCAUCUUGAUCACCCCAAUAUUGUGCAUUUGGUGGAUGUCGUCCCGGAAGGGGCCAGCGUCGGCCUCGUCCUCGAGUACAUGGAGACGGACCUGUCGCAUCUUCUAGCGCACUCGACCGCAGCUUUGUCGACACAAGAUAUAAAGUCCCUCAUGUUCAUGCUUCUCCAAGGUGUCGAGUGCUGUCAUGGUCGCCACAUCCUCCACCGCGACAUCAAGCCAUCAAAUCUUCUCAUGGAUCGACAUGGUGUGCUCAAGUUGAGCGACUUUGGACUCGCAACAGUGUACACCGGCCCGGCGCGGGAGUAUGCCCAUCAAGUAGCCACGAGAUGGUACCGCGCGCCGGAGCUCUUGUUUGGGUCCCGUUCGUACGACCACAAAGUGGACAUGUGGGCUGUCGGCGUCGUCUUUGCGGAACUCCUGCAGCACGCGCCGCUCUUCCCUGGAUUGAACGACAUCGACCAGAUAUUUCGUGUCAUGCAAGUGCUGGGGUCCCCGACCUGGCCAGGCAUGGCAGCGCUCCCAGACUACCACAAGGUCUCGUUCCCCGCGUUCAACCCGUUGCCGCUCGCGUCGCUCUUCCCAGACGUGGAGGAGUCAGCAUUGGACCUGCUCAAGUGCUUGCUGGUUUACGAUCCGUCCAAACGUCUCGAGGCAGCCGAGGUCGGGCUGCUUGUUUCCCCAACAGUUCAACUCACACGAACAGAUAUAGGCCUUGAAACAUGCGUACUUCUGGACAGAGCCACUUCCACAGCCGUUCAUUGAAAGGAAGGUCCAGGCACGUCAUGCAGAUCUAGAGUUCUCCGUCGGGGGCGUUGGCGGACGUGCGGCGGCAUCCGCACUCGGGCUCGACGCGCCGUUUUUCUAAAUUUGUGGACACUUGCCAGUUUCACACAUGGGAGUCUGUUUCAAACAAACGUUCGUUUCAAUUGAAUGUGUUUUAUUCCGA